ACCAUUAUCAUUGACUCUUAUUAAACUAUAACAUGUUGUAAUAUGAAACACGUUUUGUAUGUGAAAGCGUGUAGUAUAAAUUCAAGUAGGACUAUGCUCUGACACAAAGAAACAAGGUACAAACAAGACCAACUUUGUAGAGACAAACACACUCACUCAUUGAAUUUGAGUUCACUUGUUUCUCAAAAAAUAAUUAAGAUGGCAAGAACUCCUUCUUGUGACAAAAAAAGUGGAAUGAGAAAAGGGACAUGGACUGCUGAAGAAGAUAGGAAAUUAAUUGCUUAUGUCACUAGAUAUGGUUGCUGGAAUUGGCGCCAACUUCCCAAGUUUGCAGGUCUUUCGAGGUGUGGGAAGAGUUGUAGAUUGAGGUGGUUGAAUUAUCUAAGGCCUAAUAUCAAAAGAGGAAACUUUACUCAAGAAGAAGAGGAGUUGAUUAUCAGAAUGCAUAAAAAUCUUGGGAAUAGAUGGUCAACCAUUGCGGCCGAGUUACCUGGAAGAACAGAUAAUGAAGUGAAGAACUAUUGGCAUACUUCCCUAAAGAAGCGAGUUGAACACAACCAAAUCACAAAUAUUGAAGAAACCAAAUCGAAAGACAUUGAAUCCACACAGGAUAGGGAUAUUUCCUUUCUACAAGUUACCCCUCCAGCUAGUUCCCAAACCCUAGAUAUCACUGGCCCAUUUUCCCCACUUUCUUCAUCUAGUGAAUUCUCUUCUACAGAUUAUUCAGAUCACAGUACCACUUAUGUGGAUGAUUUUGGUUUUCUAGAUGGAUUUAUAGACUACGUGGGUGAAAAAUCUUGGGAUGAACAUUCCAACACACCAACUGAAAUAGUGCAAAACAAUACUAAUCGUGAUUUUGAAAGCUUUUUAGAUGCGUACAAGGAGUCAACAAUUGAUAGUUUUUGGACACAACCAUAUGAAGCUGACAUGUCCCACGUUUCAAGCCAAUUGCUGGCACCUUUGCCAAUGGAACCUGAAUAUUUUUCUAUAGUAUAUGAUGACGAUAUUUGGAAUUGAACUGUUGAAGCAAUUUGUAAGAUAACAUGGAACAAUGAUAAGUAGACACCUUUAAUGUGUA